UUUUCCCGCCAUGCACUGGAUACGUUACCAUAGCGCCACGUUGGUUUACCAACAAACAUGGCGCACAGCCCGUCUCAUGUCUUUGCUACAGUUUCACCGAACGCUGGUGAUGUUUACCGAGACGAAAACGAAUCGGGGUUUAACCGGGGCCGCAAGCAAACACCUUCACGCGCACAAAGCAACGCAAGAGUGGUUCAGAUGACCGGCUGCGCGGAGUUAUCUUGUCCUCCGGACCGCGCCAGCGUCACCAUCAGCGUGAAAAACAGCAAAGAAAAUGUUAUCGACGUGACUAACAGCAUUUCCCGACGACUGGAGUACAUACUACAGACCGUGAGACAGCAUGAUGUCAAGGAAGAAAACAUCACUGUGACCAAGCACUUACAAAGAGAGGAAGAGCUCUUUCACAUGCAGGCUGAGGUGCUUGUGGUGUUUUUAGACUUUGAGAAGAUGGAGCAAGCGCGCUCCGUUUUGAUUGAAAAACUUGACAAAAUCGUGUGUGUUGGCGCCCCUUACUACAGUCACAGUGCGGAAAGUCUCAGUUUGUUAAGACGGCGAGUGUGUUUGGAAGCCGUGGACAACGCCCGGCUAAAAGCCAGCGAGGCGUGUUGCAUUCUGGGACAGGCUCUGGGACGGCCGCUGCUUUUACGCGAGGAGGAAUCACGGGAGUGGAUGAGCGACCAGCAUGAAGCGACUGGCUUUCAUCUGACACUACACCAGAAGACCGGGGUUACAUUAGUCUCUGCCUCUUCACGCGUCUUUGUGACCUUUGAAUUGCGCCCGAAGAACAGCAACAGGAGGAAAUUUUGAACAUUUUGUUUCCGUUUAUCAGUAUUAAAUAGUGCGUGUAAUUCCUUUUUGUUAUCUCAUUUUGACCUGUAAACACACAGUACUGUGAAGUGAGCGCCACAGAUACGCCACUGAUAUUCACAGAAAGCCUAAAAAUAAAGUCACCACUUGUUCCUACUGGUUUUUAUUAAAUACAGUCAUCCAAUCCAAUUUAUACUGUUGAGCGCUUUUAUACUGUUCAGUGCUUUUAUACAACCGGUGUUGUUAAAAGUGCUAUAUAAAUAAAAAUGAUUGAUUGAAUUCCAGAAUAUAUUGAAUAACACUGCGUGCUAAAUUGGUUCCAAGCAUUGAUAUAAAGCAUUGUUAAAGUCUAAAGUGUAAUGAUAGAGAAAGAUGAGUCUGUGUUUGAAUAGAGAGUACAUUUAUAUUGAUGUGUACUUAAUAGUUGAUCAUUGUUUAUUUCUACAACAACGUAUGUCUAGACAGGUGCUAGACAACUAGAAAGAUCUUAUUCGCUGCCUCUAAUAUGAUUUGUCUUUAAACUUAAACCUGCACUGGAUGUAUAGGGGAAAAUGUACAAUAGUGUGGAAUAUAGUGUGCAAUAUGCUUUGUUUCUGUGAUUCUACACCCAUUUUUGUUUUCCUUUGUCAGAUGAUCUGUCUUGACACUAAACAGGCCAUUCAUACCCUG